AUGCGAAUGUUUUUUUGUAUAUUUACGAUACUGGGAUCUUUAACGACGGUUUUUCCCUAUGUGACCUUCACCAACCUAAAAUGCAUCACAAAAGACGUAAAGUUUGCCAAGUUCGAAAAGUGCUAUAUAAAAGCAGUGAACCGUACCCACAAGUAUCUAGAUAUUCACGCAAACAUGUAUAAGAAAUCAAUAAAUAACGUCUCAGUUAAUGUAAAAUUAAUGAGAUACGACCACGGUUAUAGACCGUUUUUCGUCGACUUGCACAUUGACGUUUGCAAGUUUCUCAAAAAUCCCCGGAUACCGAUUGCGAAAUUGUUCUUUGAUAUAUACAAGAACAAUUCCAACAUAAACCAUACAUGUCCUUACAAUCACGACAUUAUUAUUGAUCACGUUUAUACUGGAAAUUUAGAAUCAAACAUCUUCAAAUACAUCCCUUUGCGGUCUGGAGAUUUUGCCAUUUACUCAGAGUGGUCGGUAUACAAUAUUGUACGUAGUCUUAUAAAUGUAUACGUAAGAGUAUCAGAGAAGCAGGAAUAG